AUGGAACGUCCUCGUGAAAGCCCCGACCAGCAGCGCCACAGCAGAGUCACCCGCUCGUCUGCGAGGCCCGCACCAGGCUCCGCCAACGAGAUCCCGCCGAACCCUCCCGCCCCUCCCCACCCCCCGCCUGCCACCACUCGCAAGCGCAAGUCCGUCGCCGUCGCCGCCGCCGCCGACGCCGACACGGGCCCAGAGCAGCCCGCCCCCGCCCAUCCAGAAGAGACGCCGCCUGCGCGCACUGCUCGUGCCAAGCGCACAAAGCUCAAUCCCGAGAGCUCGUCUGCUGCAGCUCCCACCCGCCCCAACAAGGCAAAGGGCAAGGCCGCCAUGUCGUCACCUGGGCCCUCGACCGCUCCCACCGCCGACAAGCCUUCACGUCGUGCCAAGGGCGCCCGCAAGAGCUCUGCGCAAGAUUCUCCCUCCACAUCGCGCCGAAACUCGAGAAGAAAGGCAAAGACCGACGACGAUACAAACAUGGACGAUGCCUCCGAGCACAAGUCGGACGACGAGCCCCAGAGUCCAGGCCACGGACACACGAGCGACGACGCCCACGGCCCAGCCACCCGCUACGACGAGGAUGACGACGACGAAGACGACAACGACGAUGACGACGGCGACGAUGACGACGGCGACGACGACGACGACGAUCCCUUCGCGAGCGGUUUCCUUGGCCGCAACCCACACCACAGCCUAUCAGCCUUACGGCAGCUCACUGGACUGAUGUCCGGCAACGCACAACGCCUGCGCGGCAUCUUGGAGCAGCUCAAGUCGCCUGACAUUUCUCUGCAGCUCAUUGCGCUGCAAGACCUGUGCGAGGUGCUGCUCAUGGCUACCGAAGACACACUCGCCGGCCACUUCUCGCCAGACGCAUACGUAAAGGAACUCGUCAAGCUCAUGCAGCCAAAUGACUUCACCGGCGAGGAGAACCCAGAGGUCAUGUUGCUCGCCUGCCGGUGCUUGGCCAAUCUCAUGGAAGCUCUGCCCGCCGCAACCGCCAACGUGGUGUAUGGAGGUGCAGUGCCGGUCCUGUGCUCCAAGCUGCUCGAGAUUGACUUCAUUGACCUUGCCGAGCAAAGCCUGAGCACACUAGAGAAGAUCUCGGUUGAAUUUCCAGCAUCCAUCGUGCGAGAGGGCGGUCUCACGGCCUGUCUGACAUUUCUCGAUUUCUUCGCAACAAGCACACAGCGCACAGCGGUCACCACAGCUGCCAACUGCUGUCGCAACAUCCCCGAGGACUCGUUCCCCACCGUCCGCGACGUCAUGCCCAUCUUGGAAAACAUCCUGAACAACAGUGACCAGAAGGUCGUCGAGCAGGGGUGCAUCUGUGUCUCGCGCAUCGUGCAGAGCUUCAGACAUCAGGAGGACAAACUUGAGGAGCUGGUCAGCCCGGGGCUGCUGAAGGCCAUUCUGGCACUUUUGCUGCCCGGCACCACGAACCUCAUUGGGCCGCACAUCCACACCAUGUUCUUGCAGGUCCUUGCCUACACAGCCAAAGCAAGCCCGAGCUUGUCUGCUGAGCUGCUCAAGAUGAAUGUGGUCGACACUUUGUAUCAGAUCCUGACAGGCGUAUCUCCACCCAGCGGGACAGGAGAUGUUGCAAACAAGAUUGACUCUGUUGUCAUCAUGCAGGCGCUGAUUCACCGACCCAAGGACCAGGUGUUUGAAACGCUCAACGUCAUCUGCGAGUUGUUGCCCGACGUUACCAACGACGGGCUCUCGUAUCUCGAAGCUCUGUUCGACGCUGGCUAUCCCGGGCGUGACCAGCCGCCCUUGUCGGAGAGCAAGAAGACCGGAAACGAGAAGCGCGUGGAGCUUUUUGAGGAAUGCAAGACUGAAGUUAAGCGCUUCGCAGUCAUUCUGCUUCCCACUCUGACAGACGCGUAUUCAAGCACAGUAAAUCUGAACGUGCGGCAGAAGGUGCUCACUGCACAACUGAAGAUGUUGUCAAACCUCGACACCGAAUUUCUCGAGGAAGCACUGCGCGCUGUGCCUUAUGCCUCAUUCCUAGCGUCCAUUUUCUCGCAACAAGACCACCCCACGUUAGUCACUUACGCGCUUCAAGCAGCUGAGCUGCUUCUCAAGCGUCUGGGAUCCAUCUAUCGGUAUCAGUUCUACCGCGAGGGUGUCAUCGCAGAAAUUUCCAUCCUAGCCAACCGCCCGAGCAAGGCCUUGGAAGGUUGUACCAAAGACUCCAAGCCCACAACAGACAUCGAAGUAGUCGAAGAAUCCAACACCACCACGGCACCCACAGAAGAUCAAGCUGCAGGCCCAGGCGUCGCCGACCUAAUGGAAGUAGAGGCGCACUCGGAAGAAAACAAUGAUGAGGAUGAUGGAGACGAGGAGCACAACGAGAACGGCGAGGAUCAAGACGAUGACGAGGCUUCCGACUCGUCAUCUUCUUCUGACCAAAACUCUCUGCCCCUUCCCAACAUCGACGACAUCAUCACGAUGCGGGCAAAGAAGUUCAUUGACGUCCACGAGAAAGACAGCGACAAGCCCAUCCGAGAUAAAGCGUCCGCAGUCCUGGAGGACUUGAAGUCUCUUGCCAAGAAUCUCAAAGAGUGCACAUCGCAGGGUAGCACAGACACCUGCGCAGAGCUUUUCACGCGACUGGCAACAUAUUUCCAAGGCGAUGCCCUGGAAAGCAUCACAAGCUACGAAUUGAAGUCUUCCAAGAUCGUAGACGCACUGCUGGAUCUGUUCUCGAAUAACAUCUCCAAGAACGGCGUAGAUCCACGAUCGUUGUUCCUCGAAGCUUUCAUGGGUACCAGCAGCAACAAUAAGAUCAAGACUGCUAGCAGUGCGUCUCCAGCGACACCAUUCAGCGUGCUGGUGAACAAGCUUCAAGACCUUCUAAGUAGGUCGGAGCACUUCGAGGUGAUCACAGUACACCAAAAUUCGUACGACGGCCGUGGCAGCGCAGCAAACAUGUUGGCCAAGCAGCUUCGGUUGAAGCUCGUCGCAGAAGACGACUCUGGCAUUCCCAAGGCGUAUCGUAACAUCAUGGUAUCUAUCCACGCCAUUGCUACGUUCAAGGCGUUGGAUGACUACCUUCGACCACGCAUGCAUGUCGCUACUGAGCGACCGCGAGGAAGCAGGACGCGGGAUCAAUUUGCCGCAUAUGCCCAAGCUCUCGCAGAAGGACGUGCGCCUCCGCCCCCAGAGACGCCCAGCGAGACCACCAGUCGACCUUCGAAGAAGACAUCGAAAUCGAAGCUGAGGUCAAACGAAGACUCUGAAGCUGGUCCUAGCUCUGCGUCGCAGGGGAAGACGCGUCGCUCGAGCCGUCGUCAACAAACACAACCUCCCCCUCCGCCACCACCACCAUCCGCUCCAGCCAAGGCUCAUUCAAACAGCAGCCAAGACCCGCUCGAAUGUGCAGAUGAAGAACGCUUGUCCGACCGGGAUUCGAUGGGCGAGAAUGCUGCACUAAAUGCCAUUGUCGAUGAGCUCGAAGAGGAACUCGAGAAUGAACUUGAGGGUGCACUUGACGACGAGGAGGAGGAGCCAGACCCGUCCGCGGUCAGUGUUGAGGUAGCAUCGACCGGUAAGGCUACGGCUCGGAAAGAAGACGGCACCAGGAUUGCCACGCCGAUCCCGGGUACGCCAUCGACGAAACCCUCGGACCGGUUGAGCACUCCGGCUUCACGCCUGACUGCGCUGUUACAGAACUCUGCUAUGCGACAGAGCCUUGGUGCUGCCUCAUCGGCACUGUCAUAUGCUGCUGCAGUGCAGUCAACGCCGCAAGACUGGCACAUCGAGUUCAGUGUAAAUGACCAACCCAUCUCAAGCGAGACAACAAUCUACCGUGUUGUCCACUUCAACCAAGCACAAGCAUCGGACGUGUCUCAGCGCACAGUAUGGAAUGCUGUCCAUACCAUCAAGUUCAAGCGCGUUGCGGGUCCACCUCCAGGCGAGGCAUCGUCGCAGACUCCACCACCAGAGUCGAAGGCCGAGAGCCAGACCAUGCCCGCAUCGUUGGAUAACCACCCCGUCACGUCCGGCAUUCUUCGUCUACUCAACCUGCUCCACGGCCUGAACUCACAUCUUGACGACGUCCUCUCCGACAACAAGGACCAGAUCAAACUGAAUGCUGAGCCACUUUCGCAGUUCGUCAACACUAAGCUCACAGCGAAGCUCAACCGUCAACUCGAAGAGCCAUUGAUCGUAGCAAGCAACUGCCUCCCAAGCUGGAGUGAGGACCUGGCUCGCUUCUAUCCCUUCCUCUUCCCCUUCGAGUCGCGUCAUCUCUUCGUUCAGUCCACCUCUUUCGGGUAUUCUCGAUGCAUGACGCGCUGGCAAAACACGCAGACUACGAACGACACACGAAACGAUCGCCAUCGAGAUGAACGCCCCUUCCUUGGCAGGCUUCAGCGACAGAAGGUCAGGAUUUCGCGAUCUAGGAUCCUUGAGUCUGCUAUGAAGGUCAUGCAACUCUACGGACACUCCCCCAGCGUCUUGGAAGUUGAGUACUUUGAGGAAGUUGGCACUGGCUUGGGCCCAACCUUGGAGUUCUACUCGACCGUCUCUCGGGAGUUCUCGAAGAAGAAACUCAAGAUCUGGAGAGAAAACGACUCGAACGGCACGGAUGAGUACGCAUUUGGCAAGCGAGGCCUGUUCCCUGCGCCAAUGAGCGCACAACAAGCGGCCUCGGAGGACGGCGAGAAGAAGCUUGAGAUGUUCAAGGUUCUUGGGAAGUUUGUUGCGCGAUCAAUGCUAGACUCACGCAUCAUUGACGUGUCUUUCAACCCUACACUGUUCCGUCUCAGCGACAGCAGUAGCACAGUCAUCACACCUUCGCUCGCGACCAUUAGGACCGUCGACGAAGAUCUUGCCAAGUCCCUAAUGCUGUUGAAGAAGUUUGCAGAUGCCAAGAAGCAAAUCGAUGUCGACCAGAGCAAGACUGAUGCACAGAAACUUGAUGCUGCACAGAGCAUCCGCUUCCAGGACUGCGCUGUCGACGACCUGGCACUCGACUUCACAUUGCCGGGCUACCCAGCCAUCGAGCUGAUCGAGGAUGGCGCGCAGACAACAGUGACAAUCGAAAAUGUUGGUCUGUAUGUUGAGAAGGUUCUCGACUUUACCCUAGGUUCAGGAGUGAAGCGCCAAAUUGAUGCUUUCAGCGCUGGCUUUACAGAGGUGUUCCCCUACUCCGCGCUCAGAGCUUUCACCCCAGACGAGCUUGUCAUGCUGUUCGGCAGGAACGACGAGGAUUGGUCACUCGAGACCCUCAUGGACUCAAUCAAGGCCGACCAUGGCUUCAACCUCGACAGCAAGAGCGUCCGCAACCUACUUCAAACCAUGAGCCAAUACACGCCAGAAGAACGCCGAGAAUUCUUGCAGUUCAUUACUGGUAGUCCGAAACUCCCUAUCGGAGGCUUCAAGAGUCUCACGCCCAUGUUCACCGUUGUGUGCAAGCCAGCCGAACCACCGUACACAUCCGACGAUUACCUCCCAUCGGUCAUGACGUGCGUCAAUUACCUCAAGAUGCCAGACUACAGCACCUUGGACAUGCUGCGCGAGAAGCUGAGCGUUGCAGUCAAGGAGGGCCAGGGCGCGUUCCAUCUUUCAUAG